UGGCAGCGCUUGUCUGUGUCGAACCCAAAAAGCGUAAACAACAUUUGCAAAAUUAAUAAUAAAAAAAAAUUGCAGCGCAAUUAUGGAUUUAAACAUGAAACCGUCAUUAGCUGUCGAUGAAAUGUUCUCAGAAGUGGCCGGCUACAUGGACAUGGAGGAGUCGGGCAGUGCCACAGGAAUGAUGAUGGAUCAUCUGCCCACACCCACAAAUGACAAACAUGUACAUGCCGAUUUCUAUAACGAUUUCGACGAUCUAUUCGAUGACGAUGAUAACUGGGCCAAAGUCAGAGGUGCCAACGACAAUGGUUCCAAGUAGCUAAGCAGAAAUCAAUUUUGUCUUUUCGAUUAGGUACUUUAACUUUAAAAUAAAUGAAAAUAAAUAUUCUGUAAUUCAUA